AUGCAGCCAAGCUUUGUUGCAAGUGCCUGCGAUGCCAGCUGCCCUUUCCCGCUGAACAAUCUUCCGUACGGCGUAUUCUCACAGAAGGACACCAGCCGCUCCGUAUGUGUUGCCAUCGGCGAUCGACCUCUCGUCACUGCCAAAACCGCUGGAACCAUAUUUUCCGAAGCAACCCUGAAUGCUUUCCUCGCACUUGGAAAGCCAGCGUGGCUUGAAGUUCGCGUUGCUCUCCAAGAUGCACUCUCUGCUGCUCCUAAGCGGCAGAAUAUGCAGGCGGAACUCAUGCCGCUGCAGUCUGAUGUCACCAUGCAUCUCCCGGCAAAGAUUGGCGACUACACAGACUUUUACUCGUCUCUGAACCAUGCCAGAAACGUAGGAACAAUGUUUCGCGGUCCCGAGAACGCAUUGCCGCCCAACUGGCUUCAUAUGCCAAUUGGGUAUCACGGACGUGCGUCUUCUGUUGUUGUAUCUGGUACUCCUGUCACUAGACCAUGCGGCCAACUUCGUCCGAAUCCGGAAGCACCACCAGUGUUUGCUCCUUGUAGGUUGCUUGAUUUCGAGCUCGAAAUGGCGACAUUGAUCGGAGGUCCAGAGAACGAACUGGGAAAACGGAUACCAAUGAAUGAGGCUGGCGACCGCAUCUUUGGCUUUUCCCUCAUGAACGAUUGGAGUGCGAGGGACAUUCAGAAGUGGGAGUAUGUGCCACUUGGGCCUUUUGGCGCGAAGAGCUUCGCCACGACGAUUAGUCCAUGGAUUAUUCCAUUAGAAGCACUUGAGCCGUUUAAACAAGAGCCGCAAGCACAAGACCCCGAGGUGCUACCUUACUUGAGAGGGGAAAGUAGCAUGAGAGGACAUUGCACAUACAACAUUGACCUUACUGUGAAGCUGCAAAGUGUCGCAGGAGAGCUGCCAUCCACCGUUUGUAGAAGUAACUUCAAAAACUUGUACUGGACAGUUGCCCAACAAAUUACUCAUCACGCCGUGACUGGUUGCAAUAUGCAACCUGGUGACUUGAUAGCAUCCGGAACCAUAUCUGGGGAAGAUGCGUCCGCGUUUGGUUCAAUGCUAGAGCUAUCCUGGAAGGGGACAAAGGAGAUAGCAUUAGAGAACUGUGAUUCUCCAACCACACGGAAAUUUUUGCAGGAUGGUGACACUGUAGUUAUGGAAGGCCACGCAGUUGGCAAUGGUUUUACAAUCGGCUUCGGUGACUGCUCGGGUAAUAUUUUACCAGCAUCUAAAGAGUAAAACGUCUCGAAAGCGCUUCUCAAA